AUGGUCGCGGCAAGGAAUACCGCGUAUGCGGAAGAGAGCGCAGAGGUGGAAGUGCUAUAUGCGAAUCUUGGAAAGCUUGAUUUGCUCACCAAAAAAAUCCAAAGCUCACUUGCUCGCCUGGAGACCAGUGGAAAUGUCGUCAAGGCAGCAAUAGGGCCUAUUUACAGUAAUACACAAUCUCUCCAGAUAACCAACAGCAAUAUCGAUAAGGUCAAUGAAGCUGUUGAACGGCUACGGAAACCCCUUGAUGCAAAGGGACGGGAGGAGGGCAUAAUUAGAGCUGGGCCGGAGAGCGCCGGAUUAUCUCAAUAUUUAGAUGCAAUGAAGCGUGUUGAAAGAGCGCUGAAAGACCUGAACGCUACCAAUUUACGAUCAAACCAGAAAGCGAUAUCCGAAUUCAAUUCCCUUCUCGGCACCGGGAAUACGAAGCUUCAGGACUUGUUGCGCAAGGAGUUAGACCCGCAUACGCAUGCCAUUGAACCAUUACAUUAUGUGACAAAGGACCUUCCAUUUCCCUCGAUCCCCGAAGAGACCAUUGCCGAACUGGAGCCUAUAUGUGCUGUGAUCAACUCUUCUGCCGCUCGAGCAUCACAACGUGGAGAGGUGGAGAGCCCUGCCGUUAUGAUAUAUGCGGAACUUCGUGGACCAUAUAUCGCUUCGAGUCUUCAAACUCUUGCUAUGGCAUCCCUGAACACCGUCAAACGAAAACCUUCGGACGGUCCUUAUAAGGAGGGCACCAAUGGUAUUGGGAUCUAUUCGAAAUCCUUGGAAGACUUUGUAUCCACCGAAUACGACAUUCUCACGCAGAUAUUCAAGGGUGGUCAGCAGGGACUAGCCUUACAGGCUACAUGCCGUUCUGCCCUUGCAGAGUAUUCCAAGACCAUACGUGAACUCAAUCAAUAUAUCCGAGCCAAUCUCAUGACUGAUUGCUUCCUUGCCUUUGAGAUAAUCGACAUUGUGACGUCUAUGUCGUACAGAAUAGAAGCGAAGACGGGAGAGCUGAAGAGUAUGUUCGUGGAAGCUCUCAGACCUGUCCGGGACACUGCAAAGACCUCACUCUCGGAACUCCUGGGGGAGACGAAGCGCAAGACAGCAAGCAUCACAACCCUCCCUGCUGAUGGAGCCCCCGUACCGCUGGUGGACGAAGUAAUGAACUCGCUUGUGACCCUGACAGGUUACUCCGGACCGCUCGCAUCUAUUCUAACAUCGUUAGGCGAUGGAAACUGGCGCUCUACGUCUAGCACAUCAGCUAAUGCCCCCUUAGAUGUCAGCCCAGACAGUUCGGCCCUGCUUUCACAUUUUAUCCUCGAUAUGAUUGAGACAUUGGCUAAUGGGCUCGAAGCCCGCGGCCGAGCAUUUCACCGAUCCAAGGCUACGCUUGGUGUUUUCUUGUCGAACGUCUUUUGCGUCAUUGAUCGCUCCAUCCGUCACAGUCCUGCACUGUCCCGUUACCUCGGCACGCCGGAAAGCAUUGCGCGGAUUGAUGCUUUCCGCAAGCGUGCUACUGCCACAUACCUAGAGGCCUGGAGGGAGACGUCUCACUUUCUCCUCGAUGUGCAAUAUACGUCUCGGACCUCCAGCGGGUCGACGCGGCCAGCUUCCAGAGGUCCAGUUGAUUCUACUCAAAUAGUCAAGUCUCUGUCGUCCAAGGACAAGGAUGCAAUCAAGGACAAAUUUAAAUCGUUUAAUGCGACCUUCGACGAACUUAUUGCGCGGCAUAAAUCUCUGUAUAUGGAGCGGGAAGUACGUGGUGUUCUUGCCCGGGAAGUGCAGGCCAUUAUUGAGCCGCUGUACGCGCGCUUUUGGGAUCGCUACCACGAGAUCGACAAGGGAAGAGGCAAGUAUGCUAAGUACGACAAGGGAAGCCUUGCAGCACAAUUGGCAGCACUGGCAUGA